CAGCCACCCGAGCUGGAUGAAGAUGAGACGGUACAAGCUCUUCCUCACGUUCUGCAUGGCCGGCCUGGGCCUCAUCUCCUUCCUGCACUUCUUUAAGACUCUGUCGUACGUCACCUUCCCCCGCGAGCUGGCCUCCCUCAGCCCCAACCUGGUGUCCAGCUUCUUCUGGAGCAACGCCCCGGUCACCCCGCAGGCCAGCCCGGAGCCGGGGGGCCCCGAGCUGCCGCGCACCCCGCUCUCCUCGCACUCGCCGCUGCUGCAGCCGCUGCCGCCCAGCCGGCCCGCGGCGGCCGUCGAGGAGCUGCACCGCGCCGACCUGGUGCUGCCCGAGGACACCACCGAGUACUUCGUGCGCACCAAGGCCGGGGGCGUGUGCUUCAAGCCCGGGACCAAGAUGCUGGAGAGGCCGCCGUCGUCGUCGUCGUCGGGGCGGCCGGAGGAGAAGCCCGAGGGGGGCGGGGGCGGGGGCGGGGGCGGGGCGGAGGGCGGCUCGGCCCGGGGCCCCGCGCGGCGAUCCCCCCCUCGACGGCUCCCCCCCGCCCCCGCCCCCGCCGGCGGCCGUCGCAAGUGGGUGGAGUGCGUGUGCCGCCCCGGGUGGCACGGGCCGAGCUGCGGCGUGCCCACCGUGGUGCAGUUCUCCAACCUGCCCACCAAGGAGCGGCUGGUGCCGCGCGAGGUGCCGCGGCGGGUCAUCAACGCCAUCAACGUGAACCACGAGUUCGACCUGCUGGACGUGCGCUUCCACGAGCUGGGCGACGUGGUGGACGCGUUCGUGGUGUGCGAGUCCAACUUCACGGCGUACGGCGAGCCGCGGCCGCUCAAGUUCCGCGAGCUGCUCACCAACGGCACGUUCGAGUACAUCCGCCACAAGGUGCUGUACGUGUUCCUCGACCACUUCCCGCCCGGCGGCCGCCAGGACGGCUGGAUCGCCGACGACUACCUGCGCACCUUCCUCACGCAGGACGGCGUGCCGCGCCUGCGCAACCUGCGCCCGGACGACGUGUUCAUCAUCGACGACGCCGACGAGAUCCCCGCGCGCGACGGCGUGCUCUUCCUCAAGCUCUUCGACGGCUGGACCGAGCCCUUCGCCUUCCACAUGCGCAAGUCGCUCUACGGCUUCUUCUGGAAGCAGCCCGGCUCGCUCGAGGUGGUGUCGGGCUGCACCGUGGACAUGCUCCGCGCCGUCUACGGCCUCGACGGCAUCCGCCUCCGCCGCCGCCAGUACUACACCCUGCCCAACUUCCGCCAGUACGAGAACCGCACCGGCCACAUCCUGGUGCAGUGGUCGCUCGGCAGCCCGCUGCACUUCGCCGGCUGGCACUGCUCCUGGUGCUUCACCCCCGAGGGCAUCUACUUCAAGCUCGUGUCCGCCCAGAACGGCGACUUCCCCCGCUGGGGCGACUACGAGGACAAGCGCGACCUCAACUACAUCCGCGGCCUCAUCCGCACCGGCGGCUGGUUCGACGGCACGCAGCAGGAGUACCCGCCCGCCGACCCCAGCGAGCACAUGUACGCCCCCAAGUACCUGCUCAACAACUACGACCAGUUCCGCUACCUGCUGGACAACCCCUACCGGGCGCCCACCACGCACGGCGCCGCCCCGACGCCCCAGCAGCAGCAGCAGCAGCAGCAGCAGGCCCGAGGCAGCCCCGACGGCGGGGGCGGGGGCGGGGGCUAG